UGCGUGUGCGUGUGUGGUAACACUGUUGGUAAAUGCGCGCGCUUCGCAUUUGCUGUGCGAUUUUAUGGAUUAUUUUCACGACUUAUUUUUACAAUGCAUGAUAAUGAGGCAGAUGCGGAAAUUCCAAAGCCGACAAGUGCAGAAUCGGGUCAAAUUAAGGCCAUAGCAAAGGAUACAGUACACAAAAUCUGCUCGGGCCAGGUGGUGCUCAGCUUGGCUGUGGCCAUCAAGGAGCUGGUGGAGAAUUCCAUAGAUGCGGGCGCCACACUGAUCGAAGUUAAGCUCAAAGAUCAAGGUCUGCAGGGCGUCGAAGUCUGCGACAAUGGCAGCGGCGUGGAGGAGGCCAAUCUGGCGGGCAUGACGGCCAAGUAUCACACCUCCAAAAUACGCGAAUUCGUCGAUCUGUUGGGCGUGGAGACGUUUGGCUUUCGCGGCGAAGCGCUCAGCUCGCUCUGUGCCCUCUCGGACAUGGCCAUACAGACGCGCCACAAGUCCACGGAUGUUGCUCUGAAAAUCGAACUCGAUCACGAGGGCAAAAUCAAGAAACGUUCGCCCUGUGCUCGCGGCGUGGGCACCACGGUGACCCUGAGCAAUCUGUUUGCCACGCUGCCCGUGCGUCGACGUGACUUUACGCGUAACAUCAAAAAGGAAUUCACCAAGAUGUGCCAAAUACUGCAGGCCUAUUGUCUGGUUACGCGAGGCGUGCGUAUUAUCUGCAGCAAUCAGACACCCAAGGGCGUCAAGUCCGUGCUGCUGCAGACGCAUGGCGCUCAGGAUGUGCUGGCCAACAUUUCGGCUAUAUUUGGGGCGCGCCAAGUGGCCGACUUAGUGCCGCUCAAGUCGCCCUUUGAGGCGGGCCAAAUCAGUGAGGAGCGUUUGCGUGCAGAGCUGCAAUCCGCGAGCGACACGGCGGAAACCACCUGCAUAGCGUUUAGUGCCGAGGAUGUGGAGCGACUGAAUCAAGCUGGCUUUCAGCUGGAAGGCUACAUAUCCAGCUGCCGUCAUGGUGCUGGCCGAUCUACCAGAGAUCGUCAGUUCUUCUUCGUCAAUGCGCGGCCCUGUGAGCCAAAAAAUAUAGCCAAGGUAAUGAAUGAUGUCUACCAUCGGUAUAAUGUGCAGCAGCAGCCUUUCAUAUAUCUCAACAUUGUGACGUCUCGUGCCGAGGUGGAUGUCAAUUUGACGCCUGACAAGCGUCAGCUGCUGCUCAACAACGAGCGGAUUCUGCUGCUGGCAUUGAAGAAGUCUCUGCUGGACACCUUUGGCAGCUUGCCCUCCACAUUUCAAAUGCAAAACGUAUCCAUAGCCAGCAUGUUGGAACCCAAAGUAAAAACAGAAGACGUCACAGAUGAGCAAGGCGCUGCUGAAGAUGCAUCCGAGACGGAUGUGCCCCUUAGCUCCUCGCAGCGCUUCAUGGAUGUGUUGACCCAAUGGCGUCGCACGGGCGAUACAAAGGGCGUGGCGCCGCCUGCGCCCGCUAAACGACGUUGUGACGAAACGGAAGAGAUUGCCGCGCGCGCCAUGAAAAUGCAAAAGAUACAGACUUUCCUUACACAAGAGUCGCCCCAGGCAAGAAGCUACAAAAAUGAUUCGGAUUCGGACGAGGACGAGGAAGUGGCUGGCAAGCAGACGAGCCCCAACAGCAGCUUUUUGAGCAUAAAGCAGCUCAAAAAGGAGUCCCAGGCCUACGAUGAGCUGCUGCAGCCGGCGAAGGUGCCGCGCAUUGAUUGCAAAACGUUGACGCCACUGAAAACGCGUCCGAGCAUUGUGGAGCUAAAAACAUUGGCUGCUCCAGUUGAAGAACACGCGCCGGCUGCUCUGGUUGAAGCCCAGCCGGAUGCUGCGUCCACCUCCUCGCAGACAACCACCGAGUACAGCGACGAUGAAAUUGAAAUGCCCACGCGCAUCGAGCUGGAUGGCAACAGCGAUACAGAAACGGCACCGGCCAACGUAGCCAGAGGCGAGCUGUGCACCACGCUCGACCAGAUCGCGGCCAGUUUGCUGGCGCAGGAGCAACAAAGAGAGGAGCGUACACGUAGCGUCAAGCUGCAGCGAUUGCGUUUCAAGAGCGAAAUCAAUCCGAAUCAGAAUCAAAAUGCCGAAGCGGAGCUGCAAAAGGAAAUAACGAAAGCGGACUUUGAGCGUAUGCAAAUCAUUGGACAAUUCAAUUUGGGCUUCAUCAUAGUCAAGCUGGAUGAUGAUCUGUUCAUAGUGGAUCAGCAUGCAGCCGACGAGAAAUACAAUUUCGAGACGCUGCAGCGCAACACGCAGCUGGAGCACCAGCGUCUGACGGUGCCCCAAACGCUGGAGCUGACGGCUGUCAAUGAGAUGAUACUGCAGGAUCAUUUGCCGGUCUUUGAAAAGAAUGGUUUCAAGUUUGAGAUCAAUGCGGAUGCGCCCGCUACGAAGAAGGUGCGUCUGCUGGGCAAACCCUUUAGCAAGAACUGGGAGUUUGGCAAGGAGGACAUUGAUGAGCUUAUUUUCAUGCUGCAGGAUGCGCCCGAGGGCACAAUUUGCCGACCCUCGCGCAUACGCGCCAUGUUCGCCUCCCGUGCCUGCCGCAAGUCCGUGAUGAUUGGCAAGGCGCUCCACAGGACAACCACCAUGCGCAGGCUCAUCACACAAAUGGGCGAAAUUGAACAGCCCUGGAAUUGCCCGCACGGCCGCCCCACCAUGCGUCAUCUAAUCAAUGUCACGAUGCUGAUGGAUGAGGAGGAGGACAGCAACGAUGCCAAUGACGCCUAGCACUAAAACAGCCGCCGCAAUAAAACGUGCCAAACAAUUGUCAACAAUA